AUGGCACAAUUUCAAGACCAGACGUCUAAGAAGGAGACGUUUAUUUCUAAUGUAAUUCUUCGACAGCUAGAAUCCUUCAAAUUCGUUGUAGCUCGGUACUUCGGAGCUACACGUCGUGUAAUCGAUUGCAUUCCUGACUCCAUCUAUCUCUCACCUUACAAUCAAAAGGCCCUAGAGAAAAUGUCUGGCUGGGAGUUUAUUACAAUGUGGACGGAUAAUGGUGACCGUAUUAUUGUUGGAGCAUGGUUCAAGCAAGAUGAUGAGAGGUUCCAGAUCGGGUACACCUCUGAUGGAUACCGCACUAAGUGGCACAAUUGGGUCUAG